AUGGUCCAGGAAGGUCUGCUUCAGACUGUCGAAUAUGUUGAUGGUGCGGGGGUUCAGCCUGUAGAACCAAUUCAAGGCCGCAGAGCUGAGGGUGGAAAGGAAGAGGAGGCACAUGCCUUCGUCACUAAGGCCAUGGCAUCCGAGGGCAGAUCGGAAGAAAUGGAUAUGGGUGAGAGGAUCCUCCGUGCUAGUGUAGAAGGCGAUACGGAGUGGCUUAAUGUCCUUCUCUUGGUGGUAAUUGAGGAUACGUUCGGUAAAGGGCCCAAGUCGUGGCUUCGCCCAGAGGGGCUGGUGGCUGCAGUGCUACUCACUCUCCAAACGCCGAACUUUCUCGAAGAGAAGCCUCAUGACUGGGUCGGCAUGACGGAGGGUCUCGGUCGUCCGAGUCCCCUGCGCCUUCUCCAGCGGAUUAACGGGGAUAAGAAUAUGGUCUUGCUGACGGUCCAAGAAAUGGUCUCUGCAAUCUCUGUAGACCUUCAUCGGUUCAUGGGGCUAGUCAUUCGGCAGGGAGAUGUGAAGAAGCCACGACUUGAUAGUCUCUGGAUGGAAAUGGCCUUUACCCUUGCUGAGCCUAGACUAGACUGA